UAGAGUUUGUGUGCAGCUUUAUUAUUUUUGAAAGCAUAAUAUUCACUACAGCCGAGAAAUCACGCGAAAUUUAUGAAACAAAAACCAAGUUGGUUUAAUCUGUGGAUUAUUCAUUUACGUAAACCGUGUAUGGAUUACGGAGAUUGCAGUGCUGUGUGCUUGUGUAUUUGUACUAACCGUGUUAAGCACACGAUUAGUACAAAUACACAAUUGAUUUUCAAAAAGUGAUUGUAACGGAAAGUGUUAAAAUAUAGUGAUUGUGAUUUUAACGAAACUUAUUAACAUUUGGCUGUUUACGUAGAAUUCGAGGCAAUACAGCAGUAAUGUACAUAAUAAGUGAAGUGCUAGUGCACUGAGUAGUGUAGUGAUGUGCUCGUAAACUGGGGGCUAUGAAGCGCCUUGGGCCCACGUUGAUCUGGCUUACAGCAAUCAUGCUGGGGAUAACCACAGCUUACACCGACACUGAGGAGUUCCUCAGCGAUCUAGACAAACCAGUACCAACUUUAGACGUCCAGGGAGUGCUGGGCAAAAAAGCUUCACUUCCUUGUGAUAUACAGCCUCUACACUCGGACGACGCAGUUGUUAUGGUACUAUGGUUUAAGGAGUCGGAUGGAGAACCAUUGUAUAGUUUUGACAUCCGAGGACGGUCCUAUAACCAACCAAAGCUCUGGUCUUCCCCACUGGUGUUCGGAAAUCGGGCGUAUUUCCGCGGGGCAGCAACACCAGCAGUUCUCACGGUUGACAAUGUAACUGCGAUGGAUGCUGGAGUGUAUAGAUGCCGAGUAGAUUUCAAAAACUCUCCCACUAGAAAUCUUAAAGUUAAUUUCACUGUUAUAAUACCUCCGAGCCGUCCAGCGAUAUACGACGCAAAUAGAAGAGAUAGGACCAAACUCGUGGAGCCCUAUAACGAAGGAUCCAAUGUUUUAUUGAUCUGCGAAGUUGACGGAGGCCGACCAAGACCUCGAGUUAUAUGGUAUCUUGAGAACGUGGUGAUCGAUGACUCAUGUGACCAGCGAUCCGACGGUAUCACUGUCAACUCCCUGACAUUCCCCAAUAUAGGAAGGCAACAUCUGAAUGCGAGACUAGUGUGCCAGGCUUCUAAUACUAAUUUGGCGCCACCGGAGACCAAAGUUUUAAUAUUAGACAUUAAUUUGAAACCAAUCACAGUAAAUAUAUUGAACAAAGAAAAACAAGUAUCCGCCGACAAAAGAUACGAAAUAGAAUGCAAGACGACUGGUUCGCGGCCCGACGUUUCAGUAUCCUGGUGGAAGAACAAUAGACAACUCAAGCGGAUGGCGAAAAAUUUCUCUGAGAACAAUGAGACACUAAGCGUGCUCAGUUUAGUACCGAGUGUUGAAGAUGAUGGGAAGUACUUGACGUGCCGCGCGGAGAAUACACACAUCCCGGACUCAGCUAUUGAAGACAAAUGGAAGCUUAACGUGCAGUAUGUACCUAUUGUAGAUUUGAAGAUGGGAUCAAAUUUGAAUCCAGACGAAAUAAAAGAAGGUGCUGAUGUAUACUUCGAAUGCACUGUCAAAGCAAAUCCAAAAUCACACAGACUAGUUUGGUAUCACGGUCAUAACGAAAUAUUCCACAAUGACUCUGCGGGUAUAAUUCUGAGCUCCCAAAGCCUAGUACUACAGAGCGUAACGCGGAGCGCGGCUGGAGACUACACUUGUGUGGCAGCUAAUAGUGAAGGAAAGGGAACAAGCAAUCCUGUAUCUUUAUUGGUGCGAUAUGCACCAGUGUGCGCGGAACGUCGUGAUAGCGAGCUUUUUGGUGCGCUAAAGCAUGAGACGGUCAUGUUGCACUGCAGUGUUGACGCAAAUCCAGCUGUUGUAUCCUUCCAUUGGACUUUUAACAACUCUGGCGAACAGACUGAAUUACCUCCACGGUUAUCCAGCGUUUUAGGACACACGUCUACUUUAAAUUAUACGCCCAGUACUGACAUGGAGUAUGGGACAUUGGCUUGCUACGGCGAAAAUUCUGUAGGCCAUCAAAAGGUGCCUUGCGUUUUUCAAUUAGUGGCUGCAGGUCGGCCUUUUCAAGUACAGAACUGCACAGUAGCAAAUCAGAGUUUGGAUUCAUUGUUUGUGGAGUGCGUCGAGAAUUUCGAUGGUGGUCUGCCACAGACAUUCCUCAUGGAGUUGCUUGAGCUACCAUCGCUAACUGUCCGUUAUAAUGUAUCUACAAAUAAAACUCCACCGGUCUUCGAAAUCCGUAGCCUUCGUUCAGGAGUCAGUUAUAGAAUCGACUUGUACGCGGUCAACGCUAAGGGCAGGAGUGAUGUCACUACCAUAGAACAUGUCACUCUAAGGGGGCAAGCUAAGUAUACAGGUGAAAGUGUCUCUUUUGGAAUAUCGCCGGUGUUGGCAUCAAUAGCAGCAAUGUCUGCGCUGCUUGCCACUGCGCUGUGUGGCGUGUUAGCUAUACUAUACCGUCGGCAUGCCAGACAUAGACACAUGCCUGCAAAACACUCGCCUUUGAAUGAGGCUACCUAUAAUGAUCGGACGGGACAAUGUUCUACUCCUGUGAAGCAAGAGGCUUGCAAUGAAGGAAGCAAUGUGGGAUCGGGAGUCAGUGGAGCAAGUAGAGCGCUACUAAGGGAAGACCUCGGCGACGACGCCGAUCCAGACAUUAUACCAUACCUAUACGACCGUCGUCCAGUCUCGAAUGGAUAUAUGAGCUUACAGCGUCCCUUGUCCAACAACAAACUGACCAAGAACGAUGGCUUGAGAUCGGAGCUUGACGGUGCGGGCUACUAUGACUUCCGGAAGAAGGACUACAGGAUUCCUUUGACUAGUCAGUCAUACCAUAGUCUAGGACGAGCAAACAAGGGAGUAACGACAAGCCCCAAUUCCGGCAGCGGCGUCACAUCAUCUUUGACCGCACAUCGCCUGCGACCAGAAGUGGUUACCACCUCACAUCGCGUGCAAGAAAGCUGUAUAUAAAUGCAUUACAGCAUUGUUGUGACAUCUAGAUAGAAGAAUAGGUAAAUGUUCUUUGGUAUGAAAACUUUACUCCGUGUACCAAAAACCUUAUUAUAGCAGUAUUUCCAAAAAUUUGAAAUAGAAAAAUAGAUCCCAAGAAAUAUUAAAUGUAUUCAAUUCUUGGGAUACAACAAUAGAGAAAUAUGAUUUUUAUUAUUUGUAUUUAAAAAAUUAAGUGUCAUAAAAAAAUUAUAUAGUAUUUAGAUUUUAAUAUUGGGACGCCAAGCUAAACAGGUUCACGCUUUUCAGACCUACUUAGAGUAAAUAUUUUUUUUGAGUAAGGUAUGUCAUAUUGUAUUUCCAUGAUCACAUUCAUCUUCUUCGAAUAAAAUAAAUAUUCACUUCUUCGUUGGAUGUCAUAUAUUUUAGAUGCAAAUUUCUUCUUAAAAGCCCUCAAUAAUGUCAUAAGUAGACCAUUCUGUUAUUAAGAAGAAAUUACUUUGAUCUAAAUAAUAUAAUCAUGAAAAUGCUCAAAAUCCCUCCGAUGUUAAUAUAAUCAGCUGACUGUGUUUUUAUUUUGAGUUUAGUUAGUUAGUUUUUUUUUGAUAGAGUUCUUAAUUUAAUUAAAAUAUUUUUGUAUUUAUUUUACCUUUCCAAUUGUUUACAGUUUACUAUAUAUCGCAUGUAUUUAUUUGCAUAUUAAUUAGAUGUUUAUAAACUUUCACUGCAGUUAUUCAAAUCUAACACUUAUAAAUUAACAAGGUGUCGUGAUCGUUUCUCGUAACCACGUGAAUUUUUCUUAUUUUGGUUACUUUGCUUAGUAUUUGUGGUCCACUUAUCAUUGUUAGUACCGUAUAGAUGUGCGAUCUUUGAUAUGAUCCCAGGAGUAACAAAAUCAGGAAUGUUUUAAUAUACUUAAACUACACUUUAUUGAUUGUAUUACCUGAACCGUUAUUAAACAUAAUAUAUUAUAUUAUAUUUAAGCCCUGUUUUGUGUUAUUUACUUUAA